AUGUUCUUCACAGGAAGCUUGCAAGAAGGUAUCGCCACGGCGCUGCAGCAUAACAAAUGCGUCUUCUGCUUUGUCACGGACGAAGAAGCUGAGAGCCAAGCCUGGGAGACCGAGUACCUGACCGAAGGCGCUAUUGCAGCUCUGCUCCAAGAUGGAGCUGUCGCCCUCCGGUUGAAGAAGGACUCUGAAGAGGCAGGCUACCUGGCCGCCAUCUUCCCGCUUCCCAAAACUCCUACUGUUGUCAUCAUCAAGAAUGGCGACCUCAAGGAGUACAUCACCGCCGGAACCAGCAAGGAUGAGUUCGUCAGACGGGUGACCACAGCCUUCAGCGGUGCCCAGGGCCAACCCGCUGCCCCCCAACCUGCCGCGGCCCCAGCUCCCGCUCCGGCUGCUCAAGCGACUGAUGAUCUGUACGAGGAGACUCCCUCCAACCCUCUCCAAACCGCACCCGCCAGACCUAGCACAUCCGAUUCUAGCCCCCGCGGCCCUGCCACCCCAACCCAGGAAGAAGAAAACGCAGCCAUCCUGCGUACAGUCCUCGCAGAACGUGCUGCUCGUCUCGAGGCUCAACGUAUCGAAUCCGAGCGUAAGGCGAAAGCGGCUCGUGCCGCGGCCGCGGAGAAGGCCGAGACCGACAACUCCAAGCAAGCCGAGCAGACGCGCAACCACAAGGCCGCCCUCAAGAAAGCGCGCCAGGAUGCCGCAGACGAGAAGGCGCGCAUCCUGAAAAAGAUCGAGGACGACCGCGCCGAGCGACGGGCCAAGGCCGCAGAGCGCGCUGCCAUCCGGAACCAAGCGUCCUCGCCAAAGCUAGGUGAAGUCGCAGCUGCGCUGACGAGGUCCGAGUCGAGUUCCCUUGCGCCGUCGACAUCCUCCGCGAGCGGUAUGACGGCGCUACAGGUGCGUCUCCUGGACGGUUCCACGAUCCGCUCGCGGUUCCCGAACAAGGCCACCCUUGCCAAGGAUGUGCGAACGUGGGUCAAUAGCGAGUGGACGGACGGGAGCAAGGAGCCGUACCGUUUCAAGGUCGUACUUGCGCCGUUGCCGAGCAAGCUCAUUGACGACACGGAGGAGAGCAAGUGUCUUGAAGAGCUGAGCCUCUCGCCGUCUUCUACUCUCGUAUUGGCGCCCGUCGGCGCACACGUCAGCGCUUACCAAGGGUCCUCUCUGGGGAGCAUGGCCGUAGAGUUUCUGCUGCUGCCGUUGGCGCUACUGCAGUGGCUCUGGGGACUCAUCUCGGGCGUGUUCACCAAACUCGGGACUUCGAGGCAGGCCGCGGAUGAGGGUGGCGCGGAGCCUGUCACGGUGAGGGAGCAGCGCAAGGGAAAGUUCUCGCAGUUUGCAAACCCGAAUGAUCGGAAAAACGAUCAUCAGCUUUACAACGGGAACUCGUUGAACUUUGAGCCGCGGCCAGACGAGAAGAAGGACGAGUAA